AUGGUCACCACACGGAACAUGAUGCGCUCCGGGGUCGAGUCCCCGGGCGAGAACGCCACGCCCAAGAAGCUGCCCGUCCGCUCAAAGGACGACAAGGAGACGGCCGAGGGCAGCACCCCCAAGCCCACGCCGAAAGCCACUCCCAGGAAGGGCUCCGCCAAGAAGGACGAGAGGCCGCCGUCGUCAAAAAAGAAGUCGACGCUCGUGGUGGAACUGAAGGCGGACUCGACCCCGUCCAAGGGCAGGGAGGAGCAGCAGGAGCAGACGGUGAUCACGGGCCCCGAGCAGCCGGCGCCGGAGGUGGAGGAGAAGACCAUCAAGGAUUCCCAGGACGAGGCGGCGUCACCAGAGCAGGAGGCGGAGGAGGAGGCACCGGCUGCCGAGGCGGCGGGGGAGGACUCGGAUUCGGAUGAGGCGCCCGAGGCCGUUUCGACGUCCAAGGCUGCCGUGCAGGCCAAGAAGUCCGCACAGGCUGCCAACAAGGCCAUCUUAGAACAAGCCGCCGUGCAGAAGCGCAAGCGUCAGGAGCGCAACACCCGCCUCCAAGAGCAGGCCGCUUCCCGCAAAUCGCAAAAGACCGCGGCCGUCGAGGAGGCCAAGGAGGAUGGCGAGGAGGAGGAGGAUGAAGAGAAGCCCUCGACGUUGCUCACCAAGACCGGACGCCGGACCCGCUUCGACCUCCCGGCGGAGCUCCCGGCCGAGUUCCUCGACUCGGACGACGAAGACGACGGCGAGGACGCCGAGGCCGAGCGCAAGCCGCGCAAGGUGCGGAAGCUGCACACCGCGGAGGCGCAGAUCGCGCGCGAGAGCCGCGGCCCCCGGGACGAGGUCGUGGGGUCGACCGUCUUCCGGGUCGUCAAGAAGCAGGACGAGAGGCUGGCGCCCAAGGCGCAGAAGCAGUCGGUCAACGCGAAGAAGGCGCUGCUGGCGCGCGGCAGGGCGCCCGUGAAGGCGCGGAAGGGGUUCUUCGACUAG